AUGGAAGAAACUUACUUAGAUUUGCCCAUCUUCCAUGCACUCUUCGAUUCCAUAAAGAAUGACCCCGAGCCACAGCGCAGCGUCUCCAUGAAAGGACUAGGAACCGCCCUGCUUGCGGGCUACUUCCCCAUAAUCAACGGCUGGAUCAUUACGCAAAGCCGCAUCCAAGCGGCCGGCAGCGUCGUCCUCAGGGUCCAACACUACCUUCGUAUGGGCCGUGACGGUCAACGCCCUGCACGUAUUGCAGACCACCUCCUGGCAUGUGUUGUACAUGACACACAGGACUGGUCUAAUGCUAUGGAGGAGCUGGAUGGGCUUUCGGCUGAGCGAUGGAACGUCGAGAAUGGAUACUGCUGGGUGGUGGUAUUUCACGGCUUGGAUGUCUAUUUCUUCUGUUAUCGGCAGAACCGUCCAUUCGGUGAGCGAUAUGCUGGUUGUGGGACUAGAUUCUUUGAGAAUGGCGAGGAGUUUAUUCAAAACAAAUACCAUCUACAGAGGGAUACUGCCUUGAUUCAUGAGAUUAUGGCGUUCAUGGCUAGUCGUACCUACAUUCUCUACGCAAAGAAUUCUUUUAAUACAGAACCGUGA